GUGACCAAUAGCCUGCGAGGUUGUAAGAUUACGACAUACAGCAACAAGAAGUUUCCAAAAUGGGGCUCGAAAGUACUAUGGUCUGUGUUGACAACAGUGAGUACAUGAGGAAUGGAGACUUUCUACCAACGAGGCUACAAGCUCAACAAGAUGCUGUCAACAUUGUUUGCCACUCAAAAACACGAAGCAACCCAGAAAACAACGUGGGCCUCAUCACCAUGGCGAAUAACUGUGAGGUCCUCAACACACUGACACCAGACUCUGGCCGCCUCCUGUCCAAGCUCCACGCCAUCCAGCCCAAAGGAAAGAUCUGCUUCUGCACGGGCAUCAGAGUGGCUCAUCUGGCCCUAAAACACAGGCAAGGAAAAAACCACAAGAUGAGGAUCAUCGCCUUUGUUGGGAGUCCCGUGGAGGAUAAUGAAAAAGAUCUUGUCAAGUUGGCAAAGCGCUUGAAAAAAGAGAAAGUGAAUGUGGAUAUUAUCAACUUUGGAGAAGAGGAGCUGAACACAGAGAAGCUGACUGCUUUUAUAAAUACAUUGAAUGGGAAGGAGGGAACUGGCUCCCACCUGGUCACAGUCCCUCCAGGACCAAGUCUGGCUGAUGCACUGCUCUCCUCUCCCAUAUUGGCCGGUGAAGGAGGCUCUAUGAUGGGUCUUGGUGCCAGCGACUUUGAGUUUGGUGUGGAUCCCAGUGCAGAUCCAGAACUUGCCCUGGCCUUGCGUGUAUCAAUGGAGGAGCAGCGACAGAGGCAGGAGGAAGAGGCCCGCAGAGCUGCUGUUGCUUCUGCAGCGGAGGCAGGCGUGCCUACACCCAGUGCAGAUGAAUCAGAGGAGGCCUUAUUGAAGAUGUCAGUAUCUCAGCCUGAGACCGGUGCAGCGGUGCUUCCUGACUUCAGCAGCAUGACAGAGGAGGAGCAGAUAGCCUACGCCAUGCAGAUGUCUCUUGCCGGAGGAGAGUAUGGAGAAAUGGACACGGCAGCCCCCAUGGACACUGCAGAAUCAGCCAAGGAGGAAGAUGACUAUGAUGUGAUGCAAGACCCGGAUUUCCUUCAGAGCGUCUUGGAGAACCUGCCUGGUGUCGACCCGAACAACGAGGCCAUCCGAAACGCCAUGGGCUCCCUGGCCUCCCAGACGGGAAACAAGCCAGAAGGCAAAAAGGAUGAAGAGAAGAAGAAGUGAGGGGGCAAACGAGAUGGACACGGUCUUCAAACAUCGACUAGAAAAGAAAUAAACGAACAAUUGCAGACUAAUGCAGGAUUACUUUAAUAUACGAGAAUAUUGCUGAUGCAUCGUCGGACUGACAGCCCAGCAUGAGACAGCACUCUGACAUUUAAUACCAUCAUGUCCUGUCAGAGACUCAAAAGCACCGACAUAACAGUAAUAAAGAAAAACCUAAAGUAUUGAAUGACUAUUUAGUUUAAAAUCUGACUGCCCUGUAACAUAAAUUGAUAUCAUCCUAAAAAUGUAAUAUGGGCCUACUCUCGAAUUGCCUUGUAUGCUCUUUUAUCCUACAUUUAGUCUACAUGGUAUAAUUUACCUAUAAGAAGAGCAAAGAUUUUUCCAUGACAGGCUCUUAAACAGUUAGCCACACUCCUGUCAUGUAUGUGUGUUUUUGCAAUAAAAUUGUUGUGUAAAAAAACAA